GGGGCGGCGGGGGCUCUUCUUUUGUUUGGAUCAACGGCGCUGGAUAUUUAAAAAAAACAACAACACUUAUUUUGGACCAGGAACUCGAUACCCUCUGAGGACGGCGUCUUUCCCAAAAACAAUGGCGUCUUACGUGGACAACAGCUUUCGGCAGGCUGUGAUGAUGAAUCCGGCUGAACGGACGCAACAGGACCUGGAGAUCGUCUACUCGUACCUCCACGGCAUGGAGGCCUUGUCCAACCUGCGAGAGCACCAGCUGAGGAUAAUGUGCGAGACGGUUCGUUACGAGAGACACGAGGCCAACGAAGUGCUCUACUACCCUGACGACAUCGGGAGCUGCUGGUACAUCCUGUUGUCCGGCUCCGUCUUCAUCAAGGAGUCCAUGUUCCUGCCCAGAAGCAGUUUUGGGAAGCGAUCAGCCGGCAGCCUGCGGCGUGGAUGCGAGUGCAUCGUCCUGGAACCAUCAGAGAUGAUUGUGGUGGACUAUAUGGAUGAAAAUGAGGAGUACUUCCAGCGGCAAGCCUCGCACCGACAGUCCCGCCGCCGCUUCCGCAAGAUCAACCAGAAAGGGGAGCGGCAGACCAUCAUCGACACCGUGGACCCCUACCCCACCGGCAAGCCGCCCAUAGACCGGGGGUACCACACGGGAUGCAAUAAACCUCAGCUCCCCGCGGACUUCAGCAGACUUCACUUGGCCGACGGCUUGCACCCACAGGGGACCCACGUCUCCUCCAGCCACUCAGGAUGUAGUAUCACCAGCGACUCUGGAAGCAGCAGCCUGUCAGACAUUUAUCAGGCCACAGAGAACGAACCGGGCGACAUGGACCUGAGCGGCUUGCCGGAGACCGCCGUCGACUCCGAGGAGGACGACGACGAGGAGGACAUCGAGCGGGCGUCCGACCCCCUCAUGAGCCGGGACAUCGUGCGCGACUGCCUGGAGAAGGACCCCAUGGACCGGACCGACGACGACAUAGAGCAAUUACUGGAGUUCAUGCAUCAACUGCCAGCGUUUGCCAACAUGACCAUGUCAGUGAGGAGGGAACUCUGCGCCGUCAUGGUUUUCGCGGUGGUCGAACGCGCCGGCACCAUCGUCCUCAACGACGGAGAGGAGCUGGACUCGUGGUCGGUGAUCCUCAACGGUUCGGUGGAGGUGACGUACCCCGAGGGCCGGGCAGAGAUCCUGUGUAUGGGGAACAGUUUUGGCGUGUCACCAACCAUGGAGAAGGAAUACAUGAAGGGCGUGAUGAAGACAAAGGUGGACGACUGCCAGUUCGUGUGCAUAGCCCAGCAGGACUACUGCUGCAUCCUCAACCAGGUGGAGAAGAACAUGCAGAAGGUCGAGGAGGAGGGCGAGAUCGUCAUGGUGAAGGAGCACCGUGAACUGGACCGCACCGGCACCCGGAAAGGACACAUCGUCAUCAAGGGCACAUCGGAGCGUCUCACCAUGCACCUGGUGGAGGAGCACUCGGUGGUGGACCCCACCUACAUCGAGGACUUCCUGCUGACCUACAGGACGUUCCUCUCCAGCCCCAUGGUCGUGGGCAAGAAGCUCCUGGAGUGGUUCCACGACCCCAGUCUCAGGGACAAGGUUACACGGGUAGUCUUGCUGUGGGUAAACAACCACUUCAACGACUUCGAGGGCGACUCGGCCAUGACUCACUUCCUGGAAGAGUUUGAAAACAAUCUGGAAAAAGAAAAAAUGUGCGGCCACCUCCGACUGUUAAACAUAGCGUGCGCUGCCAAAGCCAAGCCGCGGCUGGUGACGCUGACCAAGCCGUCCAGGGACUCGCCGCUGGCCUUCAGCCUCCUCGGGGGGCAGGAGAAGGGCUUCCGCAUCUUCCUCGACGCCGUGGAGCCCGGGAGCAAGGCAGCCGAGGUCGGCCUUAAGCGCGGGGAUCAGAUUCUGGAGGUCAAUGGGCAGAACUUUGAGAAUGUCCAGCUCAGCAAAGCCAACGAGAUUCUGAAGAACAACACCCACUUGUCCAUAACUGUGAAAACAAACCUUUUAGUGUUUAAAGAGCUGCUAACCCGGCCGGAACAGGACCACGACGCGGACGGCGAGGAGGACCACGACCGGAAGAACGGUGCUCCCCACCUCCCGAAGAUCGGAGACAUCAAGAAGGCCAGCCGCUACUCCAUCCCCGACCUGGCGGUGGACGUGGAGCAGGUGAUGGGCCUGGAGAAGGCCAGCAAGAAAGCCAAGAGCAACUCGGUGGGAGGACGCAACAAGCUGAAGAAGAUCUUCGACAAGACGCUCACCAGCAUCCUGCCGCCGAAACCAUACAACGACGUGUGCGUGGGCCAAUCGCAGGACGACAGCAUCGUGGGGAUGAAGCAGUCCAAACAGAUCGCGCCGGCGCUGCCCGUCAGUGGGAACCUGUCGUCGUCCAACCCGGACCUGCUGCAGUCACACCACCGCAUCCUGGACUUCAACAACCAGCCCGUGGCAGUCGUACCCAAUAUGUCGGAUCAGGUGUUGCGAGUGUUCAAGGCGGACCAACAGUCUCGGUACAUCAUGAUCGGGAAGGACACCACGGCGAAGGAGGUGGUGGCCCAGGCCAUCAGGGAGUUUGCCCUGACCGCGGCGCCGGAGGCUUACUCUCUGUGCGAGGUGUCCGUCACGCCGGAGGGCGUCAUCAAGCAGAGGCGGUUACCGGACCAGCUGUCCAAACUAGCCGACAGGAUUCAGCUGAGUGGAAGAUACUACUUGAAGAGCAACAUGGAGACGGAGACGCUGUGCUCCGACGACGACGCCCAGGACCUCCUGCGCGAGGGCCAGAUCUCGCUGCUGCAGCUCAGCACGGUGGAGGUCGCCACGCAGCUCUCCAUGCGGUCCUUCGAGCUCUUCUGCGCCAUCGAGCCCACCGAGUACAUCGACGACCUGUUCAAGCACCGCUCCAAGGCCGGCUCGGCCAGCCUCAAGCGCUUCGAGGAGGCCAUCAACGACGAGACCUUCUGGGUGGCCACGGAGGUGACGCGGGAGCCCAACCAGAUCAAACGCAUGAAGACCGUCAAGCACUUCAUCAAGAUCGCCCUGCACUGCCGCGAGUGCAAGAACUUCAACUCCAUGUUCGCCAUCAUCAGUGGUCUGAAUCUGGCUCCAGUCUCCAGGCUGAGGGGAACGUGGGAGAAGCUACCCAGCAAGUACGAGAAGCUGUUCGGGGACCUGCAGGACCUCUUUGACCCUUCCAGGAACAUGGCCAAGUACAGGAACGUGCUCAACAAUCAGAACCUGCAGCCGCCCAUCAUCCCCCUGUUCCCCGUCAUCAAGAAGGACCUCACCUUCCUCCAUGAAGGCAACGACUCCAAAGUGGACGGCUUGGUGAACUUUGAGAAGCUGAGGAUGAUCGCCAAAGAAAUCCGCCACGUUGGUCGCAUGGCCUCCGUCAACAUGGACCCGGCCCUCAUGUUCCGGACCCGGAAGAAGAAAUGGAGAAGUUUAGGGUCCCUCAGCCAGGGCAGCGCUAACGCGGCGGUGCUGGACGUCACGCAGACGGGCGGCCACAAGAAGAGGGUGCGACGCAGCUCCUUCCUGAACGCCAAGAAGCUUUACGAGGACGCCCAGAUGGCCAGGAAGGUCAAACAGUACCUGUCCCACCUGAGCCUGGAGUCCAACGAGGAGAGCCUGCAGACGCUCUCCAUGCAGUGUGAGCCCUCCAUCAGCACAUUGCCCAAGAACGCCGGGGGGAAGCGUCCGGACACCUCCCCCGUCGUGUCCAGAGCGGCCACCCAGCAGAGGGGCCAGCUGGCCAAAGGGAACCAGGCCCUCCAGGUGCCGGCCGUGGCCCUUUACCCAUCCCGAAAGAAAGUGCCGGUCAAGGAUCUGCCACCUUUCGGCACCAGCUCCCCUCAUUCUCUGAAGAAGAUCCUGUCUCUGUCAGAGGAGGGGAACGAGCGGCACCGCAGGCAGCCAGAGGACGCCGUGUCCAACGCCUCCUCUCAGCUCUCCUCCCCCCCCACCUCCCCACAGAGCUCGCCCAAGAAGGGUUACAGCCGGAUGGGAGACGCCUACUCGGACUCCGGUCACAGCGAGAUCUCCUCCCGCUCCAGCCUCGUCAGCAACUCCUCCUUCGACAUGGCCCAGGACGAGAGGAGGCUGCGGCACUCCGGGGGAGGCGGGGAAUCGCACCUCCUCGGGGGCCAGCGGCUGGAGCGCCGAGCCGCCACCGACCCGGACCAGUACAGCCUCGGGUCGUACUCGUCCAUGCAGGACUGUCGGGGCAUCUACGUGGGCUGCCCCACGGUGCUCUCCUCCCCCAGUUCGGAGGAGCUGACUCAGGAUCAGGGCGACCGCGUUUCCCUCGACGCCGCCGACAGCGGCCGCGGCUCCUGGACUUCCUGCUCCUCCGGUUCCCACGACAACAUCCAGACCAUGCAGCAGGGACGCAGCUGGGAGACUCUGGCUUUCGGCGUGGGCGGCGGGGGCAGCGGCGUGGGGGGGCUCCCACCCAUCGGGCAGGAGGCCCUGCUGGGGGGACACGCGGCACUGUGGGCGGCCCAGGCCCGGGGGAGCUGGGCGUCGGCCAGCUCGUCCUCGUCCUCGGCGGCGUACUGGGGGGAGGACUCCGAGGGAGACACCGGCACCAUCAAGAGGAGGGGGGGGAAGGACGUCAACGCCGACCCGGAGACCAGUAGCAUCACCUCCACCGGGUCGGAGGAGGCCAAGCAUCCGGGCCGGCCCUCGCCGUCGCCCAUCACCGCCGGGGGGAAAGGCGUCCUCUCGCGUAAAGAGAGCCGCUACCGGGAGCCCCCCCCGACGCCCCCCGGCUACACCGCCCUGACCAUCUCGGACCUCGCCGAGGGGCAGCACCCGGCGCCGCCCGCCCCGGCCCCCACGGCCCCCCACACGGGGCGUCGGCCCCCGGACUACAGCACGGCCCUGCAGCGCUCGCGCAUGGUCACCCAGUCGCCCGACUCCCAGCGGGGGGCCAAGCAGCGCCCGGGGGGCCCCCACCGCACGCGCUCCCCGGCCGAGGAGCGGGAGGCCGAGGAGGAAGUGGAGGGUGAGUCCUUGUCUUCCAAACUAAUCGCUCUGAGGAAGCCAAAGCCAGUGGCACGGCGCACACCCGAGACCCCCAGACCAUGAGAGUGUGUGUACGGGGGGGUCGACAGGCAGGGCCCCUCUCCCCCGAGGCAGGUAAAAGACUCAUUUAUCAGGCCUCCCCUCCCCUCCCCUCCAAUGAACCUGCAUGUGAACAGGAGCGCACACUGCUUUUGGACUGAGGCCCGAUCAUUCCAUCACACGACACCUCCCCCCACACCCCCCCCAGCAGGUCCCACUUCAAAUUGCAAUUUAAGGGUUCCCAACGAUGAAGACAAACCCACGUUUUGUACCCCCCCCCCCCCCCGUCUGGGAAUUGUUCAUUUGGAGCGGGAUCCUCACCUUCAACCCCUCAAUAUGUCAUCGUGCAUGAGUCACCCCCCCCCCCUCCCGUCCCCCCCCAUGCAUCCUGCCCAGUCAUCAGCAGGCACAGUACUGUUAGACACCCCCCCACCUCCCCCCCCACGCAAUGCCUGAGAGCAUGCGCCCGCGUUCUCCUGCACCAGCACGCACCCGACUCGCCUGCAGAUGCAUUCUGUGUGUUUGUAGAAACUGUUUAACAGGAGUUUUACAUUUCGUGUCAAGUCUUGAAUCUGUAAACAUUGUAAAAUGUGCAAAAACAUCCGCUGUCCUUUAAUGGAUGUUACGCCGUGAAAUGAAUUGAAGCAUUUAAAGGAAUCAAAUAAGUACAAAAUUGGACCCUGACACUGACAUUAGCUUGAUAACAUUUUGUCACACGUUCUUUGGUUAAACGAUUUUCUUUCGUGGGACAAAAUGUGCUUUAUUACCGUCAGGUUCAAAUAGCUGGAAAUGAUUAUACAUGUUUUUGUUGAGAUGAGACACUUUAGUCGGCUCCUUUUUACCCUUUUUGUGCACGUUUUCUUUUCUGUUUCUACCCGUCCACCUUCAACAGAAGCUCUCCCUGUCUUGUCUUUCCACAGAGGAUGAACAGGUGUCAGCAGUCUGAGGGACGACGGUGGACGUCCUCUUGCAGUAGCCUGAAGUCCCCCCCCCUCCCCUCCUUUUCUUGGUCUUGGGGUGUGCAGGGUUAAAGAUACUGACCAAUGGACUCAUCAUCUGUUACGUACGUGCCUGCCUCCUCCACUCGGCUCUCCCUCGUGAUUGGUGGAUUCCUCCGCGGGCCCCCCCCCCUCCCCCCCCGCCUUAAAGCAUCAUUUCGGGGUUGACGGACCCUGCAUGCAAAAAAAAAACUACUGUGAAGGAGAGAAGGUCAAAGACGACGACGACAAAAUGCCGGCACUUUGGGGAAUAAAGACUGGAGGAACCGAACUGGUGCCGGAGGGGUCGACCCGGCGACACAUACAGAGGUUGCGGUCAGAGACGGGACGGCCCCCACCCACUGACCCCGCCCCCCAAACCCCCCAAACCCACCACAGCAUCAGACGUGUGGAUCUCCAUCCGCACAUUUUCUACUUUCUGAAAAAAGAAAUCAAAGCAGAUCGUUUGGAGACACAGAGAAGAAACGUUUGACCUGACGUUCACAUUUUCACCUUCCCACUAGAGUUCAUUUCUUUUUUUUCUUUUUGUUGUUGUUGUUUCCUCUGACUGAUUGCACUCUGUGGGCCUGGAAUGAAACUACCCGUCUGUCAAGUGUUUGGAACCCUACAUCCAGUAUUAUCUCACACCUCGCGUGCAAGAGCUUUCCAAGUGUUGGUUCACGUCGAAGCGAGGAGGAGAGCCCAGUGGGGACAACACACACACACACACACACACACACAAUUUGUUUCUGAGAAAUAGCACUUUCAGCACAAUCCUAGAUGUUAGCAGACAUUUGGACGCCCGGGUUUGAAUGAACCACGUCGCCGUGGGUGCGUCCGUGUUUCCUUCAUUCCGUUCGCUCGCUGUUACGUCGGGAGAAAAAUCUUUCCUGGCCGAUUGAAAAGCACAGAGGUGAUUUCCCAACCCCCCCCCCCGCCCCCGCCCCCCUGCUGAAUCGGAGGUAACCGCGGUAACGAAAGCCGAGGCUGCGGGCCGAGCGCUGAUGUCAGGGUGGGGUCCGCUGAGCAGGCACUAAAUUGUGACUGUCCACCUUUUUACGAGUGAUCUUGUACAGAGUCUUUAUAUAAUGUUGUAAACACACGCGUUUCCCCCUCAAGAUGAAAACCACCCGCAAAAUUCCAAUUUUUAGUUGAGUUUUGUAACCUGUGAACGUCCGAAGCGCCUUACGAUGCCGUGACCGCGUACAUUUCUUUGCAUGGUUGUUCCAUCACGAAUCACCUUGGUUUCAAGAGAUCGAGUCUUGAAUCGAGCAGAAGUGGAGUGAAAUGCCUUAUUCAAGACCCCCCCCCCCCCCAUUCCCCCUCCCGAGCAAGACUCUUUUUUACAGCUUAAGACUCAGUACAAGAUGAAGCAGAGCUUCUUCUUCCCGUUGCCGUGGAUCCCAAAUCGACUGUUUGCAUCCUCCGAAUCCCGUCUGUUACAGACACCGGCUCAUUGGACGCCUGAACCCGGCGCCCCACUUUAUCUCGCCAUCAAACGAAGACUGAUGAUUUAUAUGUAUUCUUUUUUUUUUUGGACUCCGGUGGGGAAGUUGAAGUUGAUUUUUUUUUCUUUUUUUUUUUUUCUGCCAAUCAGAACGAUCAUGAAUCCAGUUGUGAAGACGGAUGUUUGGUUCUCUUUGGUCACGCUGAUCACAUUGAUCGGUCCUGGAAGCUGCAGACUGAGUUUCCCUCUGUGACUGAACACCAAUGAAAUCCUGGGUUCCUUUUUGUUAGUGUAAUUCUUUUGUAAUGGCUGCGGAUAGAUUGUUGAUCAUUUGUUUGUAACACAGUUGUGCAUCAUUCAACUCUGAAGAUAGUGAACAUAUUAGCGGGCCCGAGUCCUAUUUCGAAAAACAAAAAGUUGCACAAAAAUGUACAAGCGUAAAGAUAAGUGUGGUAGGUAGAACUGCUACCCGUCGAUGUGUGAUGUCAGUGAGAAAUGUACAUUUAGCUGGUGAUGACUUUCUUUUCUUCAUUCUUUUACUACUUUGACCUGUAUGUCUUUUAAAAAGACAAUCGGUGGAGUACGUAUCGGUUGUUUUUGUAUUUUUAAUACAAUAAUUGUAAAUAUUGGUUAUAUUUUUGUUCAAAUGUACUAUGUUUAUGCCUCAACAGCCAGUUUAUAUGAAGCUGGGAAUCAAUAAAUACUGCAUAAAGAAUCAAUACCUAGGUUUAAAUGCACUUAUUCAUUUCUUCUGCAUUUUUGAUGUCUUUAGUUUUUUCCUCCUUCAGAAGAGUUCUCCCCGGAUACCGUCUAGUGUUUGCACAAGUCAUGGAAGCAAUUUGAAAGGUGUAACUCGUACUUUUCUAUCUGACCAGAGUGUGUCAGAAUUAAUAAAAAAAGAGAUAUUAAAGUC